AGCACUCACUUACAUUUCGGCGGUCGUGAUACCAUCAUUAUCGCGAACGCACGGAAUUGAGUUAUAUUAAUUCCGGCGGUGGUGGGGGCCAGAAUCCCGAACAAUAUGGACCAACAACUUCCCCAGUUCCCCCAGUCGGGCGUCGUUUUCGUUCCCAUUCCCGCGCAGAUUAGCGUCGGCUGCGUUCAACUCGCGUCUUCCUCCAUUCGCAUGCCAGUUGUGUCGCCAAACGUGUGCUGUGCAGUGAUUGUGAGCCCCCACAGUGGUCCAGAAUGGUCCAGAGUCCAGCGGCACCCCGGAGAAAAGUCAAAAGUGUCCACAAAACGGAAACCUGCAUGGAUAAAACCCGGAACCAUGGCCAGCGCAGGUUUACAACUCGCUACAAGAAUCCCAAAUGGAAGAAAAAUCGCACGGGCGAUAUUUUAUUAUGCAGGACCGAAACGAUUACAAUCUGCCAAAGGGGAGGUCUUCGACCGCCUCCGUCCUCUUCCACCUCGCGAAUUAGAGCGGGAACGACGGGAUCUAACAGCUUGUAACGGAAGUUCUUGAGCUGACGCGUCUCGACGCCCGAAUUCCGCUCGAACGCUCCAACUAUGUGAACAGCGAUGUUGACAUAAUCCCAUGGAUGCAUCGGACUGAUUGCAUCCUGCGAAGGCCAUAACAGAUCGGCUUUUGGAGAUUAAACCAGCCAUCAAACUAAUUCAAUCGAACUAUUCACCCUCCGUAUGGUUCACUUCUUGAAACUGACGCCUCUGGCUGUUUAUUAUCUUUCAAUUAUUGAAUUACACAGCUGAGUUGAGGAGUGUACUGCGGAUGGAUGAUAGAAACAGACAGACGGAUGAGAGAUACAACGUCGAAGAUGAUAAAAGACACCAUCAAGGUUACGCUGCUCCUGUCUGUCACAAAAGAGAGCCGCAAGAGGGAGAAGGACGUAUUGGAUUUCCUUAAUCAUGAAGCCCAUUGUCUUGGGAUAUAUAGUUGGAAAGUGCUCGCCUCGCUCCGCGCCCCCCGCCGCUAUCAGUGAUAAUUACAAUAUCGGGCAUAUUGUAAGCGGUCCGCAGUUAUCGUUUUGUUUAGCGAUGUAGUCUGCCAUUGUUCCGCUAAUUAGAAAAUGGAUACGUGGGACUUGCCGCCGAGGGCUGCAAUUUGCAGCCCUCGGGGCCGAACCGCACACCUAAAACCGCUCGUUUAUUUUUAAUUUCAACUUGUCGCUAAACUUAGCUUUUACACCACUAGAGAUAAGUUGGAUUUUAAUCCAGGCGAUGUACAUAUGUGGAAUUAAUUUCUCAAUAAA